AUGUCAUCUCUAGAGGAGCUGUACGCGGGUACUGGCAUAGGGAAUGCCAAGGGGACCGUUCAACCGAUCCUUGACGUGGUAGCAAUACACGGAUUGAAUCCAAUAGGCAGCGAGACUCACGCCAUCGAUACAUGGCAAGAUAAAAAAAGUGGCAAUCUAUGGCUUCGAGAUAGGAUACCGCGUGAGCAGCCCAAUGCCCGUGUAUUCCUCUACAAAUACAAUUCGAGCCCCGUUUUUGGACACAGCUUGGGCGGCAUAUUGAUAAAACAGGCUAUGGUAAAUGCCUUGGCCAAUCCCAUAUAUCGCGAUAUACAGGAGGCCACUUACGGUCUCGUGUUCUUCGGUACACCCCACGGCGGGUCAGGAGAUGGUUGGAAAACCAAGUUUGGAAAGGCUUCCGUCCGCAUCGCGCAGUCGCUUCCUGGCAGAACCUCCAACGACGUUAUGGAAGCUUUGAAAAAGGGAUCAUCACUCACCGACACAUUGCAGGAGGCAUGGAGACAUCAACUUGAUCAUUACCAGAUUGUGACUUUCUACGAAGGGAUAGGAGAAGUUGUACCACAGCACUCUGCCACCUUGGGGCUUCCAGGAGAUCGUGAAGUCGAGAUCGGGAUCCAAGCAAAACACGGUGAUAUGUGUAGAUUUGAUCCAGAUGUGAGCAUGGACGAGGCCAACUACAGUUUCGUUGAGGGAAACGUGCUUGAGCUAUGCGAAAGGGCUUCCCAGCUAGGUGAGAAAAACCAUCCCACCAUGGACAGAAAGCAGGAAGAAACAUCAAACCCGACCUCUUCCACAGGCAGUAACGCCAAAUCCCCAGUCUCCAACCUCGAAGAUGACGCUCUUCAACAUAGACUCGAUCUACUUAGAGCUUAG